CUCAGCUUUCUUUUCUAUCUAUUCUUAAAGUCUGAAAUUACAAAUCCCUCUCUUCACUCACCAUUAACACAGAUAGAUUUAUGUGUUAUGGAUGAUUAAGGACGUGGGAUAUUGAGUUCUGUUGGACAUAAAUUUAAGUGCAAUCAGGCUGGAGCAAAACUGCAUGAAUACAUAGUUCAAUGGCUACUGAAGAGUUAUCUGAAGCUAAAGAAUGGCAUGUUGUAAAGAAUUGGCGCAAUGUACAAAAAGAAAAAGAACGAGAGCGUCGUCGAAUUCGCGAUAGAUUAAGAAGGCAAACAAUGAGCCUGGAGGAGAGGGAAAAACAUUUAGCUAGACGCAGAAGAAACUAUCAAAUGAGAAGACAAAAAGUGUUGAAUAAUAAUUCAUUUUCAAGUUGUCAAAAUUAUGAGAGUACUACUAGUACAGGAAACUCAAAUGAAGAAGAAAAUCAAGCUAUUGUUCCUGUUUCAGGACUUGGUAUUCAAUUAUCUGAGACUACAUUUUAUCCUGAAUCUUAUAAAUCACAAGAAGAAUCAGCUGCAUCAAGUUAUAUAUUGCACCAAGGAGCAGAAGAAAGGAUGAAUAAAGUGCAGAGAAGUCCAAAUAUUCUGCCUUUAUAUCAAAUAAGACAUCUUGCUCGAUUAUUGAAUUCUCUUUCAAGCGACAAUCAAGAAAUUGGUGCCAAUUUAACGACAAAUGACAAUGUUACUACAGAGAGUAAAUUGCGACGAGGUAUAAGGUUAAUUGAUGUUAAGCGUCUGGCACGAGCUCUUAAUGCAAAUUGAAGAAUGUUUUUUUCUCAUUUCUGUAAUAUGGAUUUUGCUAGAACUGAAAAUACCAAUUUAAAGUUAAAAGCUCAAACUUGGUUCCA